CGAGGGCGCUGGAAGACAGUGUUGUGCAUCGAACUUCUUUUGGCUGUUGUGCUGCGGUACUCAUAUUUUGGCUCUCACUGCUCUUGCUUUUCCUUCAUUGGUUGACACCGUAAUCUGUUGCCUGCAAAAUGGAAGAUGGAGUAUGCUGUGCCCAAGUAUCCAGGUGUUGGGGAAAGUGGCCUGGAGCAGUUCCCAGGUGCCUUGGCCCAUGGCCAGGACUACAGUUUUCUGCAGAACAUUCUUGUGGAUGGUGGCAGCCAGUUUGGUGUCUCUGCCCUGGCAUUUGAUACCCAGGAGGAGCUACUUUGGAUGGGAAAUCAGGGGGGUCAUGUGACAUCCUACUAUACCUGGGAGCUGCAGAAGUACACGUCCUUUCAAGUGCACGCUACCAACGAGGUGCGGCAGUUGCUGACCAUUGAUGCGGGGGUCCUGUCUCUCACUUGCAACACUCUUCGUCUCAACAACCGCAGAGGACUGAUUGCAUUCCACCAUUGUUCUGAAGAGUUGGAGGACAUGCACUGCAUGACCUUGUCGCCAUCUGGUUCAUUACUGAUGGGUGGUAAUCAGACGAGCCUCAUUGAACUGGAUCUUGCAACGGGCGAGCAGACCACAGUUGCCGACGUGGGGGAAAAUGGCUGUGCUGUCAUACGGAGGCACCCACGCUUCAUCUGCUGUGCCGACUUCACGGGCAAGGUCACACUGCGGGACUCAUCAACUUUUAAGGUGGAGUACACGUUAGAGUCACUUUCAGAAACUGGUGUGCUGUCUGACUUUGAUGUACUCGGCAACAUGGUUGUCACGUGUGGCUUUACCAACAGACAUGGGGCGCUUACAGUGGAUCCGUUCAUAAAAGUAUACGACCUGCGUGUCAUGCGAGCUGUGGCACCAAUCCAGAUGCUGUUCCCGCCAUCCCUGCUGCGUUUUGUUCCAGCCUUCACUUCUCGGCUUUUCGUUGUGUCUCAGACAGGUCAGUUCCAGCUCGUGGACACCAGCACCUUGACCCAGCCCUCGUACAUCUAUCAGCUAGAAACUGCAGGCGCGGCUGUGCAUACCUUUGACACUUCCUCAUCCUGUCAGGCUUUGGCUUUUGGUGAUGUGUCUGGCUACCUUCAUCUUUAUGGGGUCAGCACUCACGUCAACUUUAAUAACUUCAGUCAGCCAACUGAAUUUGCUGACCCGGAAGAGCCACUUCACCCUAUUGAUAUCAAUGACGACAUAGCGCCCCUGUCUACCAUCCCCAUGCCCUACUGCAGCGGCAAGCUGCUCUCCGACCUGCCCAAGGAGUUUAUUAAGUAUGUCUACAGGAGGCCAGUUCCAAUUGAUCCUGUCAUCUUGAAUACCAUGAAGAUGGUGGGGUCUAUUGGGUAUGCCCCAAACCCAGGUCUCUGGAAACGCAAUGAGGUGCGCUACCCACAUGAAACACACCACCGCAGGACCAAGGACACCCGCGAGGAGACUGACAUGAUUCCUCAGUGGUAUAAGAAGAUUGAUGUGAAGUACUCCAAAAUGGGCAUUGAGGACUUCGACUUCAACCUCUACAACCGCACCUGCUUUGCAGGCCUUGAGACAAAUCUGCCUAAUGCGUACUGCAACAACAUGAUCCAGGUUCUCUACUUUACGGAGCCCUUGCGUUGUGCCAUCAUGAACCACAGCUGCCAGCGAGAGUUCUGCCUUGCGUGUGAGCUGGGCUUCCUCUUCCACAUGUUGGACACUGCCCAGGGCAUACCAUGCCAGGCGAGCAAUUUCCUUCGUGCGUUUCGGACUAUCCCGGAAGCGUCUGCCUUAGGCCUCUUACUUUCUGAUUCGGAUGAUGCUCGCAAGAAGGUUAACUUCCCACGACUCGUGCAGAGCUGGACGCGAUUUGUGCUUCAACAGAUACAUUCGGAAACACCAGAAUUUCAAGACGACGACAUACAGAAAACAGAGAAAUCUAGCGAGAUGGACAGCCAGGUGAGCAAGCUGUUUGGUUGGACGCUGCUCAACUCGAACCAGUGCCGGUGCGGCAACAUCAGAGAGAAAGAGUCGACUACACUGCUCUGCUCCCUCGUCUACCCCGACCCUCUGCCACCCGUUCCCGAACGAGUGACACCUCAUUAUCCGUUCACUGAAAUACUCAAGCGAAGCCUUUGCCUCGAAAGCACCAUGCCAGCCUGGUGUGACAGGUGUGAGAAAUACCAGCCCACGCUACAAAGCAAAAGGCUGAAGUCGUUACCAGAAAUACUGACCGUCAGCUCAGGCUUGGAAAAUCAGCAGGACCUAAACUUUUGGCAAACCCAGAUUGAGUUGUUUGGCAACAAAGACAGCAAGGCAAUGUCCUUCUGUUCAUCAGCUCCUGUGCCUAAGCGGUGUCGAUAUGGGAACUGCUGCACACGGGCCGGCUGCAAGUUCUUCCAUGAAAAAGACAAAGGAAAAAGGUAUGUGGCUUCUAAAGUGGAGGUGGACACAAGUGUUCAAAGUGCUUGUUCCUGGCUUCCUUUGUCUAUACUCGUCACGUUGAAUAAGGAUGGUACGGUGGACAUUUGCCGUGCUGACUGCAAGACUGAAGCCUCCACAUCUGAAGACACAGGCUUGAGCACUGGGAAAGAUGACAGCGCUGUUGGGAAAGACAAAAAGACCAGCUCAGAGGAAGAGCAGAUCGAAGACGAGAAAGAAGAGGGAGACGACUUGGAGAUGAAGGAAGGAGAGGGGGAAGUCAAGGAGGAGAGUGAAGAGGAAGAAAGCAGUGCAGUCUUGUAUGAGCUGACUUCAGUGGUGUCCGUGGUGAACAACAGCCGCACCAACAUCGUGAGCUGCAUUCGGGUGGGGCCCUCGUACCACAUUCACCACCAGGGGGGACCGGCCACUCAGUGGUACCUUUUCAACGACUUCACCAUCGUGCCCAUAUCUCCCGAAGAAGCGGUGUGGCUUCCUUUGGACUGGAAGCUACCCUGUGUCCUGCACUACACACUUGCCGACAUUUCGAACAAGCAGCCAGCAACAGUGAAGGCACCUCUGUCAGCAGACGUGUUCCAGCAAGACAUUUCUUUAGCAGCAAAUGGUGGACGGCGUCAUGUCACUUUCACUCCACUUUCACCGAGUGAGAUUCUGAAACAAGGAGACAUUGUUGCCAUGGAUGCAGAGUUUGUCACCCUCAACCAGGAAGAGGCAGAGAUACGGAGUGAUGGCACACGAUCUACCAUUCGUCCUUCCCACAUGUCCGUUGCCAGGAUCUCCUGCCUUCGAGGGCAAGGGCCUCUUGAAGGGAUUCCAUUUAUUGAUGACUACAUUGCAACUCAAGAACAGGUGGUAGACUACCUGACCCAGUUUUCGGGAAUCCAGCCCGGUGACCUGGAUGUGACCAUUUCGUCCAAACAUCUGACCACACUUAAGGCUACUUACCGCAAGCUGCGCUACCUCGUGGAUGAAGGAGUCAUCUUUGUUGGCCAUGGUCUCAAGAAUGACUUUAGAGUCAUCAACCUUGUUGUACCUGCUGACCAAGUGAUUGACACCGUGCUUCUUUUUCAACUUCCUAACAAGAGAAUGGUAUCUCUGCGUUUCCUUGCAUGGCACUUUCUUGGGCUGAAGAUCCAGUCCAAGAUGCACGACUCUAUUGAGGAUGCCAAAACAGCGCUGCGACUGUACCGCAAGUACCAGCAGCUCGAGAGGGAAGGGCGGGUCACUGAGUCCCUGAAGGAGAUGUACGAGGCUGGCCGCAAGUCCUCGUGGAAGGUCCCCGGUGCCGAUGAGGAAUGACAGUGCGACCACCUCUGGGCUGAAGUUGAGGGCUGCUGGCCUAGCUUCGAGUCCCAGUGAUGGCCAUCGGAGGCAGAGGGUACAACACCCCAGUCGCCAGUUGCACUGCCUUAAAGAGCUGUCCAGAAAUGCUAAAGGUAAUGUGGCAGGUAUGGCACACAUUGUGCUGCUGCUACUCAAGGGUUUCAGCAGCCACUGUCUCAAGUUAUCAGAUAUAGAAUAGAGCAGGAGUAAAUGACAUUUGACUGGACCUGGAGCUUAAAGAGCCCCUCACCAGGCCACGGAGCAAAUUUUGGUUAUACACUAGAGGUUGUUACAUGCCCUCUAAAGAGUGUUCUACUGCAAGAAUUUUUCAAAUUAGUUCAUUAGUAGCAGAGAUGGAAAUAUUUGAAGUGCUGCAAACCCAUGAUUUCAGGAGGUUAGUGUCACCGCCAUCAUAGGCACUCUCUGCACUUGCCCCCAUGUAGCCUCCGCAAGUGAAAUUCCUUUCCUGCGUUCUCCCAUACCCGAGCUGGAGGAUUGCAUAACGGAUACAUCACUGGCCCUGCCUUCCUUUCUCUCUCUCUCUCUUGCUUUCGCUGAGUGGCAUACCUUUAGUGAUGCUCUCGCGUGCAAGCUGUUGCAUUUGUCUCGUUUCGCACAGUGCAUGAUUUUAUGCGUUGCGCUUGAGAAAAACCUGAUUAGUGGUAUAAAUCAUUGCCACAAUCACGAGCACUGAGGUAGGCACAAGCGGAUUACAGAGCAUGAUCACAAUUGGAACCCAGGAGAAAAUAGCAGAUAGUUUUGUUUUCUGCAUCUGUGACUGCACAAUAGGGGAACAAACAGACCAAACCAGAAGUACGUCCCUCUUACUACGGCACAGAGAGAUUCAAUUUGUAGGAUUUAUUGUUUUUCUUAACCUUAGGUGUUCUAUUGAAGCAAGAGAUCAAACAAAUAUCUGAUGUUGCCUUGAAUAACUCUUGAAGUCGCGUGUCAUUUUGAGUGAUGUCACAGCACUGCAGUUUACGUAGCCGCACUUGUGUGAUUGAUGUUGACUCUCUGGCUGGGAGCAUGGCACCCUCGAAGAGAAAGGCACACAGCGUUUGUUUGAAAUUUCAGCUCUUUUUGCAGGGUAUAGCAGUGUAAUACUUUGCAGACACGGUCGUUAGCAUGUAUUAUAUGCACUGCACUUGUCAGCUAUAAAUGGCCAGACCUGGUGAGAGGCCCUUGAAAUUAGAAAUAAGACUUAAGACAAAAUGUCAAUCUUUUGUUUGACAGAAUUUAUAGUAGCGACAGGUACAGGGAAGAAAUGAUAAAUUCCUAUAAGCUGUUUCAUCAUCCAGAUUCUGCCAAAGAAAUCUUUAUGCAUGGAUUUCAAGCCUCUGGAAUAGAAGCCAGUCAGUGCUCAAGGUAUGUGCACUUGCAAGAGUCUCGAAAAUAGCACCAGUUCAGAGAUACCAUUCAUCCCCAAGCUUGCAGUGAUAUGCAUUGGUGUUCCAGUUAUCAUUUUCCCAUAGUGCCCCCUUUAAGUUAUGUGGGACGAAAGUGUGUAGAAAACUGAUGUAUGUCAUUCUGUAUUUUAGGAACUGACAUAUCUUAAAAUUUGUGCUGGUCUCAGGAUUCCCACUAGACAGAUGUGCCUCGAGCGCUGAGUGGCUUCAAUUCCAUUAUUUACUAACAAUUGUUGCAUACCCACUAAGAUUGUUAAUUGAAAAGGUAAUUAAUCAAAUCGAGUUAAUGAAGCUUUAAGUGAAAACUAUAAACCCAUUUCUCAUUUCCUGCACUGCCAUGAAUUCUGUCCAGCAAAAAACUUGAUUUUUUUCCCUUAAUUUAAUAACUUGACACAGUUGCGGCUGACACACUGUGCAAGUGGCCCACAAUGGGCUGUCGCACUCAAAAUUGUAAUGCUGGUUGGAAAGCAGCAAUGGCCCGCUGAAGCUGUUGGGAAGGGGGCUGUGCCAUUCUCAAUUGCCUAGGGGCUUAUGAAGCUUGCUUAAGUGCACGCUUGCUUUGUCACCUAUCGUAUCAAACAGCUUUGAAACUUGUGCCUGUGUACCAAUUACUGUUACCAUACAAUUGACGUGACAGCACAUAAGUGUUGGCCUUGCAGGAUGUCCACACAGGAUGUCAGCUAAAGCUAGUGGUGACAUUUUACAAGUGUGCUUUCAAACAAGGUCUGGUACAAACACUAUUGUGUUGAAUGACUUUUCUUAGCAGAAAGCAUGCAGAAGUGGCUGCUUAUGACUGUGUCACUGCCAAUGCCAUUGUCCCAGCCGAUAAAUAGAAGGCAGUUGCACAUUACAAUGACAGCUCUGCAUAUCUUGGUUAAACCAUCUGUCCCUACUGGUACUGUGGCUCGACCUGCGUCCUGUUAAGACCGUAACGUGAUACUGUUGGCAAUACAUGUGCCAUCAGCACCAAUCAAAAUUCAAGUAGUUGGAGCAUUCAAUUUUUUGUACAGCUUAGAGAAAAGCAGUUGGAAUGAGGUGUUAUGUCCAAGUCUGAUGUGUUGUGAGCUACGUUUGUGAGAAGUUAGUGUUGGUCAUGAAUCUUUUCUCUGCCAGUCUGCACAGAAACUACAUGCUGUGUUAUGGUCCAUUUUGGUUGGUGCCAUUGCUGCCAUUGUCGUCGGGUCCCAGGCAAGCACACGGGAUAUCUAGGUUGCGAGCAGCAAUUCUUGCUGUGCUGGAGAAAUGUGGAAUAGCUGAAGCUUUGUCCUUUUACUUAGAAAUCAAGCAUCAAUUAGGGACAUGGAACACGACAGGGUUAUAGCAGCUUGAUGGCCUUCACUUUAACAGAGUAAUAGGAUCUUGAAGUCUACUUCAGUCAUUUGUGCACAGAGCUUGCUAGCAUGUUGCAAGCACAAGUCUUAUCAUGUCUGUUCGUUCCUAUUAUGCCAUGCCAGCAGGAAGAAAUUCCCUCUUGGAAAUACCUCUACUCAUGACCUGCAAGUCUUUCCCUUUGCCUCACAUGCAACAAUCCUGAAGUGCUUUGUAAAGGUGCCUGUAGAAAGCAUGGCACUACAAUGAUCUAGAGCAACUUCAGAAGCCAUGGCAAAGAGUCUUGAGAUACGUACUGACCUUCUUGUUGGUAAAUACUUUGAAAUGUUUGCUCUAGGCUGCUGCCUUGCCAGUUUUACAGUGAUGCAACAGCGUUGUGAUUCAGUUUAUUUGGUUGAACUGCCUUUUGAACUGCAGUGUAAAAAAAAGCGGAGGAUGGGUGACAUGAAGUGUCGUGUUGUUGCAGUGUUUUUUUUUAAUCACUGUAUAGUAUUCGUUUUUUUGCUCUGCAGUUCAAAAGGCACUGAUGUCCAUUUUGCAGCGUUUCGGUGCGUUGACCAUCUCUGAGUACGCACUGUAUGAAAUUUCAUGUAAUGGCUGCGAGGCUACUGCAUUAUCAUUCAUCAUCCCUACGAUUAGUUAUGCACUCUGGCUUGCUCAAAACACGUUUCUCGUUUGAAUAGUUCCUGGCCAUUGUCAAAGAAACAUUUCACAAGAAACCACAAAAUAUUUGUGUCAAGAAUGUCAGGGAGUGUAAUUUCCUUAGUGUGCAGAGACUCCUUGUAGAUAGGUGCCCAUCCUGGGCAGUGCGGACAGCCUUUUGGCCUUAAACAUUGCCAAACCUCUUCCACACAAGAAAAGGCAGACUGUGUGCAGCACAGUGAAUUUGUACUUACAUGCAAAGUUGUGUGCAGUCUCACCAUGUACCUAAGGCCACCCAUUGUUAUCGCAUAUCUUGUACCAUUAAGAUGAAGAAUCCGCGAUGAAAACCUAUUCAAGACUUCGAUACCGUGCCAAUAAGACAGGAUCAACCAUUGCAGUAUUGUUUGACAAUCUAGCAGAAAGAAUUAGCCAUGCACAGAACUUACCCACUUUUAAUUUAAACAGAACUUAUGCAGUCAAGCCUUGUCAUACUAAUUGAAGUCGCAUUCAAUGCGAAAAUACCUGUGUUAUAUUCAAUAUUCGUUAUAAGCAUGUAUUCGUUACAUUCUGACAUUCGCAAAAAGCACUUUAGGUUUACUUUGUUAUAUCCGAUAAUUCAUUACACGCAUGUUCGUUAUAUCGAGGUACGAAUUUUUUAUACUCUUGAAAUUGGGCUUUACUGCAGAUGUUGUUAGCACAAUCAGGUUUUAUUUUUAACAUUUUUUUCACAUUAUUAACAAUUUAUUAGACUUCAUUUUGCAGCUUUUGCAUUUGUAUGUCAGGCAAUAGGGCUAAGUAUUUUUACCAUCUCUUAUGAUGUCCUUAAUAUAUGUUUGCACUUGUUCAGGGUGAUGGAGCUUUGGAGAAAGUUAUCUGGGUGUGGUAAAGAUGUUUCGGUCUGGUGUCAUAAUUUUUAUUCACAAGUUCAGCCUUCUGAAGCUGCCAUGUUCCAAAUCCUUUCAAAAGUUCUCCGAAUGUAUAUAUAUUGUAUUUUGUACUGCAGCAAAGACACUCAGCCAUUUAAUGCAUGAAUCGUGUACAUCCUCUGAAAAACAAGAUUGUGUACGUUUUGGUGGCUUCUCUCCUUGCACUGUUUAUCCUUGCUUUGAAGUAGGCAUAAAUGCUUGGCUGGGAGACUUGACGUUUAAAAAAAAAGGUUUUUUUCACAAUACAUUAUGAAAUAUAAAUUAAGGCUGCUUAGUCUCAGGGCCUUGCUGAAUGAAUCAAUUUAGCAAUUAUCUGUAGGCUAUCAUGUAGACUCGUGUAAGGGACACAUUUUUUUUUUCACAAUUUUGACGAGGUAUGGCCUUUACACAGGACAAUCUUUUGUUCAAAAUAGUGCCGGUGCAGCUGAUGACUACUGCGCACCCCAGAUCCCCAAAUGUACUACUACAACAGAGGUCAACGCACAACUCUCACCAUCUAGUAGCAGCAUGCGAAAGUGUGCAGCAUGCGAGAAGUCACCGUUGCAUGCACACGCCAUCAGGGCGCCAAACGUGAUUGCUUCUCCGAUGAAAACCUUUUGUUUUUAAUUUUGGGUUGCGAAGUUGUGGGUGCGACCCUUGCACGGGUGCUGCCCUUACACGAGUCUAUACGGUAUACAGAAGUAUUUUUCAUAGUGAACUACCCUGCAGUGUUCACAUUCAAAUGGAAACAAACCAAAUGAAACCAUUAAAUAGGCAUAGUUACCUGGGCUUGCUCAUUUAUGUGUUUGUUGGUUUCAUAGAUUAAGUUUGUUCACAUCCUUAAUGCCUGUUCUCCACGGUAGCCUCUUCUUCUUUUUUUUUUUUUAAGUUUUGGAUGAGCGAAUGGUGCUGGCAAAUAAUUGAGACACAAAUGGGAGAAAGCGACGAGAACACUCCGUUUGCAUGAUCAGCCAAGUGAGGAACAGGACCUUGUCUCUAAGCCUGUGUCCAAAGUUGCUGUAGCCUUGUGACUCCAAAUUUCAAGCCGAAUGAUGCCACUGUCACACGCAUUCAAGUAUGUGUAAACAGUCAUAAAUUUUUGCUCAUAUUGACAUGGUCACGUUUCAGUUUGUGCCAGUGGCACUUUGUUGCUUUAGUGCUUAUUCCAUGACUGGCCGAGCAAUCGAAAUGGACGGAGGAACGCACGUUUCACACCUAUGUCACCAACCAUUGUCGUAUUUUGCAUGGGUAAAUACUGUAUUUGCUCAAUUGUGACAUGCACUCAAUCAUCACUCCUAGAAAUGAACAAUGUAAUGCCUUUGUUUGUUCACUUACCGGUUUCUCUUGGUAAGAAACGGAAUACAGUAAUGAAUAUUUGCUGUCUUGUAAAAAGAAAAUUUAUUGUAUCUGAGACACAGUAGGUUAGGCACCACUCAUAAUCACUGUCAGAGGCAGUCUUAUCACUCAACCGCCCCGAGCAUCAAAUCUUCCCUUUGCAGACCAUUGCAGCCUAACAUAGCGUCUAGAAUAGCUUAAUGAACUUGCAAAGUGGGCACGAAUCUACCGCGGCUAAUACAGCUGCAGUGGCAUGUGAAUUGGAGCAAAAAAAAAAAUAUCAUGCCAAUGAUAAUAGCUCGUCACUAUUGCAGGUUUAGUUUCAUGUUCAGACCUAACAUGCAUAUAAUUUGGCAAAAAGAAUUUCUGGAAAAAUGUGUGCGUUAGAAUUGAGUAAAUAUGGUAGUGUUCUUAAAUUUUUCUAAAGCUUUACUGAAGCUGCUGGGUUGCUUUCUUUUUCUAUGUGGAGGAUAUACUCAGGUAAAUGGCACAUUAUAUUGUCUUGCUUUACUCGUAUGGUUUUGGAAGUUUUUUACAACUCUUCAAAAUUUGUUUGUAAUUGUUUCUGGACUCGUUAAUUGUUACUGUGUUCAAUUACUGAUCUCAAUGAGCACGUGUUUACACAACUGUGAUGUUGCAUGAAUUGUUCACCAAAAUUGUGUACAUUAUCUGUAAUUUUCAUAUUCAUAAUAAAGACGUUCAUUAUUUUUUA